AUGGCGGGCAGCAACAGCGAUGUGGGAGUCGUCGAGGCACCUGUCACCUUCAAAGCCUAUUUGAUGUGUGCUUUUGCCGCCUUUGGUGGUAUCUUCUUUGGGUAUGAUUCGGGUUAUAUCAACGGUGUCAUGGCCAUGAAGUAUUUCAUCCAGGAGUUUGAGGGCCUGGACCCUGUAACUACCCCGAAGGAGGCUUUUGUCGUCCCCUCGUGGAAAAAGUCCUUGAUCACGUCUAUUCUAUCUGCUGGAACGUUCUUCGGUGCCAUCAUCGCCGGUGACUUGGCCGACUGGAUUGGUCGCCGCACCACGAUCAUCGCCGGCUGUGGCGUCUUCAUCGUCGGUGUCAUCCUGCAGACGGCCUCAACGAGCAUGCCCCUGCUGGUGGUCGGUCGUUUGAUCGCCGGUUUCGGUGUCGGUUUCGUCUCGGCCAUCAUCAUUCUCUACAUGUCCGAGAUCGCCCCCCGCAAGGUCCGUGGCGCCAUCGUGUCGGGUUAUCAAUUCUGCGUCACCAUCGGCAUGAUGCUGGCGUCGUGUGUCGACUACGCCACUCAGAACCGCAUGGAUUCGGGCUCCUACCGAAUUCCCAUCGCCAUCCAGAUGCUCUGGGCCUUACUCCUGGCCCUCGGACUUUUCUUCCUUCCCGAGUCGCCUCGGUUCUACGUCAAGAAGGGCAAGCUCGACAAGGCCGCCGAUGUGCUGUCCCGCGUGCGUGGCCAGCCCAGAGAUUCGGACUACAUCGUGAAGGAGCUCGCCGAGAUUGUCGCCAACAACGAGUACGAGAUGCAGGCGAUCCCCCAGCACGGCUACCUCGAUAGCUGGUUCAACUGCUUCCGCGGCAGCAUCUUCAAGCCCAACAGCAAUCUCCGUCGCACGGUUCUUGGCACCUCGUUGCAGAUGAUGCAGCAGUGGACUGGUGUCAACUUUGUGUUCUACUUUGGAACGACCUUCUUCACCUCGCUCGGCACAAUCGAGGACCCCUUCCUGAUCAGCAUGAUCACGACCAUCGUCAACGUGCUCUCAACUCCCAUCUCCUUCUGGACCAUGGAGCGCUACGGUCGUCGCCCGCUGCUUCUGUGGGGUGCCUUGGGCAUGGUAGUCUGCCAGUUCAUCGUCGCCAUCACCGGUACCGUGGACGGAUCCAACAAGGCCGCCGUCAGCGCUGAGAUCUCCUUCAUCUGUAUCUACAUCUUCUUCUUCGCUUCGACCUGGGGCCCUGGUGCUUGGGUCGUCAUUGGCGAGAUCUUCCCUCUGCCGAUUCGUUCCCGUGGUGUUGCUCUAUCGACUGCCUCUAACUGGCUGUGGAAUUGCAUCAUCGCCGUCAUCACCCCCUACAUGGUCGACGGCGACAAGGGCGACCUCAAAGCCAAGGUGUUCUUCAUCUGGGGCUCCCUCUGCGCCUGCGCCUUCGUCUACACCUACUUCCUCAUCCCCGAAACCAAGGGUCUCACCCUGGAACAAGUCGACAAGAUGAUGGAGGAGACCACCCCGCGCACUUCCACCAAGUGGAAGCCCCAUGGCACCUUUGCCGCCGAGAUGGGUCUCACCGACACGGCUCUCACCGAGAAGGCUGCUAUCGUUGUGGAGAACGAGAAGGUUUAG